AUGGAAACAGUAAAUAGCAUCGCGGCUGCUGCUUCAAAGGUUAUCUGGGGAGAACCUCAAGAAACGACAGAUGCAGCAAAUGCAACGAUUGUGCCAGAGACGAAGGGAACGGAACCGAUUAGUGGGGAGUUGGGCGAUACGAAGAAGGGAGAGCCGUAUGAUUUGGGGAAUGCGGAUUCCACAAGCACACAAAAAACCCUCUCCUCCACCACCGACGGUGCCACUUCCACCUUCACACCCACCGACAGCACGACUCUCUCUCCCCCCGGCCUCGCCGCCAAACCUCUCGAAUCCUCCUCUACCUCCACCUCCGUCUCUCCAACCCCAGACUCCGUAUCCCACACUCUCGCCGAAACACACAUCGCGCCCCUAUCCGAUUCUACCUCUACCCCUUCCACCUCCACCCCCAUCAAAGUAACUUCUGAAAAACCGUUAAUCUCCGAACACAUCAAUCCCAAUCUCCCGGAACCCUCUGCAGCCGCCGAAAAAUCCCUCUCCAGCUCCAUCCCAAGCACAAACAUCCCCUCCUCCACCACCGCCACAAGCACAACCUCGAACACAGUCGACCCCGCACCCCUCUCCAGACUCGCAGUCGAAACUCCCAAUCCAACUGGUAAACCCAGCAGCACCGCCAACGCCCAAGGCGUGCCUACCGAUCUGCAACCGCUCGGCUCGAAAUCCUCGUCCGAAAAACCAGAGACCUCCACAAGCGAAAGCACAGGUACAGCAACAAGUUCCGGUACGGGAGAAAAACACAUCAAGAGUUCAGGACUCGUAGCCGAAGGCGGCGAUUUCGACGCGACGAGGCCUGGGGCCGGGAAGGGGGCAGAUCGAUUAUUGGGAAAGGAUGGGAAGAGUACUGUAGGAGGAAAUACAGAGAUGGGGAGUGAAGAGGAACGUGAUCAUGAACAUGAACAUGGGGAGGGAAAGAAAGAGGGAAAAUUGACGCAUUUGAAGGAGAAGAUUAAGGAGAAGUUGCAUAAGCAUUAG